CAUCAACUAUACAAAAUGGCCGAUCAUCUUUAAAAUAAUUUUCUAAUUUUUUAUAGUUAAUGUUCUUCUAGAAUUAUAAUAUAUAGAAACAUGUCCAAAAGAGAUCAAAGUGAUAGAAAUGAAAGGAAAUUGGAGUCGAGCGACUAUGAAAACUUAAUAUCACAGCAUAGCAUAUUUGAAUCAACAAGGUCUAAACAUCAGGAAUUGCCCAGUUUUCCAGGAUUCACAAAUGCUGAAACACAAACAAAACCUAGUGAUAUUAAAGGACAAACACAAGGAGGCCUAGGAGCGUGGCAUUAUAACCCCUGGUGGAUGCUUGCAAGCACUUCACGGAAUAUUCCAUCUCAAGAGGAGUAUCCCGAUAACAGUGAGCAAACAAAAGUGAAACAGGAACCAUCAGGUGCUGGUACACCAGACAGGGACCCUUUGCAUACUGAAUUAGAACAUUUUCCCACAGAAACAGCCACACCUCCAGUAGGACUAGAUUCAUUCUGCGAUGAUUGCUCAGAUCCAUUCUGUGACUCCAGUGCUGCUAUAUGCAGAAAACUUUUCCAUUGUCCUCAUUGUAGAAAGAGCUAUCCCACUAUCCUUGAAUUUAAUACACAUUUGACAGGUGUGCAUCCAACACAAAAACCAUUCAGAUGUCAAAUUUGCUUAGAGCCUUUUCACAAGAAGUCACAUCUACGCAGACAUCUCGAUGCUAAUCACACACGUAAAGAUGUAAACAAAUGUUCUGUGUGUUCAAAAUACAUAAAAGACAAGAGUAAUCUUCGUAAACACAUGCAGGUACACACUGGGCGUGUACCACAGAAACAAUUCAAAUGUGAUUUAUGUAACAACAAGCGUUAUAUGUCCCUAGAUAGACUCAAUAACCACAAAGUUGUUUGCACAGGAGAGAAGAUAUUAAAAUAUUGUGACAUGUGCACUAAAGUAUUUGACAAUUCAAGAUCACUAAAUAGUCACAAAAAGGUUCAUGCUAGGGAAUUGAAAUGUGAAAACUGCGGUGAGCAACUCCGUUCAUUGGAACAAUUUUCAAAUCAUAAAAUGAUUUGUCAGGGAACAAUACCGGAAGCAAGCGGAAGUCAUGCUAGUACAGUGGCUGCUGCCGGUUCAUCUAUGAAUAGAUGUUGUACUCAACCAGGCCUUUGUGAACAUGAUAAACCGGCCUACCUUAACAUACCCGGCUAUGCUACAAAUAGAGUACUUGAUGCUACACUAUCAUCUUUAAAAUCAGAGUUAAAUUGAUGACAUGUGUUAGAGAGCUUUUACAGACAAAGUUAAAUUGUAACUUUCAUUUGUUUACAAUAUUACCAAAUAGAUAAUGACCGUAAUAAUUUUCACAAUUGAGAAUUUCACAAGACUGAUGCAAAUAUCCCGCCUCACGACUUGCUUUAUUAUUACCAUUUAAAUUUAGAGUUUAGUUAGUAGAUUAAUACAGUAGAAUAAGCAUUAUAACUAUUUACAGCAUAUGCAAUUUCAUGGAUUAAUUUUUCCAAUAUAAGUCUUAUUAUCUUACAUUGGAAGAACUAAAAACUGUUACUUUUGUAGGCCUUGCCCAUGUAGUUGAAUAUGCUGAAGUUGUUAUUUGCCUUUAAUUCUAUAACUUAAAACAAUCUGUUCCAGGAACAGUUUUAUUAAUUGUUAAAAACCAAACCUGACUUACAUUUCUUGAUUUGUGACAUGACACAGAUACAUAUAUUUUAUUUGAAUGCCUUGACUGAUUUAGAGUAAUAUUUAUGUGCAGUAUUACAACUUUUUUUUUAUUUUUCUAUUUUUGAAGAAAUGUUAAAGCUACAUUAUUUUUAUAAUUUCUAGGUAAUAUGUUAGGUUACUUAAGUUUGUAAUAGUCUAAUGGUAAGCAGUCAGUGGAGACUGUACCAAGAGCAGAUUCUAUUUUCCAGUGCUCUUAAGUACUUUCUACUCCAAAGACUAUUUUAAUUAAUAUAAUUUCAUUUGCAUACUAAGUAUUUCGAAUACUAACUAAAGACAAGUUUUGUUAUAUAUUGUAUUUCAUAACAUUUUUAGGUAAAGAAGUAAGUGAAGUUAUUAAAGUGCAAUCAACCAUUGGCAAAGCCUUGAGCAUGUUGUGGUUAUGGGAAAUAAUUGUUGUGUUCUCUUUACCCAUAAUAUUUAUUCAAGUGUUAUACACUGAAAAUUUUUUGCUGCAAUUUAUAGAAUUAUAUAAGUGUAAUGUUUAUUGAAUAUUAAGUAUCGUAGUAUAUUCAUCUUAAGUAUAAGGAAUGAGGCUAUAUUCAAAGUUAUUACGCCUUUUUAUUCUAUUACCUAACAGUUAUAUAUGCUCAGAUUUUUUUCUGAGUAUGUAGGUAUACAUUAUAAUCUUAUUUCUAAUUUUAUUUAUUUUAUACAUGUUAUUUAAAAGAAAGAGUACUUUUAUUUGGAGGCUUUUUAUUGAUCAUUGUUGCUAUUUACAAUUGUUUUCGACUCCUAUAACCUGAUUUAUUUUUAUAUAAAUAGAUUUAAGUAUAAUAGUUUGUAGUAUAUUUUUAGAAAUUUCUUGGACUUGUGCUUUCAUUGCAACCAAAAAGUAUGAUCUUAUUCAGAUGAUAUUUCUGUUUAUUUUAAUAGAUUCAUAAUUUAAAUAUCCCACCUUUUUGAUCAAGAAUAAUUUUUAUCUAAUGAUGAGUAAAUAGAAUCAAGUAUAAUGGCAAGUUAAUGUGUUGCAAGGCAUGAUCCACCAUAUUGUUAUUACUUAUAUUUAUCAUAAAAAUUAGACAAUAUACAUAAUAGAUUGUUAGGAAUAACAUAAUUUAUUAUUAUUUUUAAAAUGAGAGAUAGUAUCUAUCAUUAUUCGUAUUUUUUAUACUUGAUUAAUUUUAAACAAAACUAUAUUACAUGAUGUAUUUAUAUUUUGUGCACAUAAUAUGAAACAUUUUGUUAAUUCGAUUAUAUUAGCAUUUAGAUAAACCUCGAAAUUUACUUUUUAUUAAAUUUUAUAUUGCCCUUACUAGCAAAGUUCUUUAUAUAUUUUUAAUGACAAGACUGAACCCCGAAAUACAUUAUAAAGAAUUAUGAAGCAAAAUUAAUUGAUUGUGUGCGUAGCUGUGCAUCCAAACAUAU